CCGGCAUAGGGCCGGAAGUGACGGCAUAUGCCGAUGCCGUUAUGUUUUGCAAGCUCUGUAGUUCGUAAGUUACUUAAUAUAGUCCAAUAUUUUUAGUACUGGGAUUUGGGCCCAAUAUUCAUGUUUAUUAAUAAGCUGGUUAAGCUGCCAGACAUCAAGGUAUGUGACUGUUUGGACGCGUGGUUAUCUGAUGGCAAGUGGAGACUAGAAACCCUAAGGAUAAGCUGUGUUUUGGCUUUAGGGAAUCACUUCUUUCCGGUAUCUCGUCACAGGCAUUUAUUUAUUUGCCCGGUUGGUGAAUUUACUGUGGUUGGUUGCAGCGGACAGCGAUGGCAGGUUUCUGAACAUGGGGGCAAGCAGCUCAAAAGGCCGCGGCUUUUGGCCGUUUUCUGGAGGUAGUUCCAGAGUAGACAGUGGGAACGGAACUGAGCAAGCUGUAGCUCGGAUCCGUGGCUGUAAGACUUCUGCUACGCCGUUUGUUUUUACUAGGAGAAGUUCCAUGUAUUUUGAUGAAGAUGGAGACUUGGCUCAUGAAUUCUAUGAGGAAACAGUUGUGUCAAAAAAUGGGAGAAAGAAGGCAAAGCUGAAGAGGAUCCAUAAGAACUUGACUCCUCAGGGUAUGAUACGACUGACACAUCCUCGGAUUCAUGUGGAUUUUCCAGUAGUCCUUUGUGAAGUGUGAGUUUGUGAAGCUUCUGAAAGGGAUUGUUGCUACAUGCCAUGAGGUCCUUAAAGACCUUUAGUGCUUGAGUUUAAACACCAUCCUGACCCAGAUGUCUCAAGAGCACAAGAAGAAUAUUUUACUGUGAGCAAAAAAUAACUGUCCUCUGUCCCCAUAUCACUUGGGGUUAAGGAGUUGAAAAAAAUGUGAAAAAAACAUAAUGUGAUAUUUCCAGUACAACUUUGACCCUUGCUAGUGGGGCAUUGAAGCACUACAGGACACAGCUGUUGAACGGCGUAUCUACUGUGAGCCUGUUUGUGGUACUACAUUCUGUAGGUUAAUCCUGUACCUGGAUUAGAUAUUGGAAGGACUUGCAUUUUUUAACACUUGAUGUGGAACAGGAAGUAAUGCUUGUACAGUGCAAGGUUUUGUUUUUAUUUAUUUUGCUUUCCCUCAUUCCUGUGGUAAAAAUGGAAUGGGUUCCUCUCACUGCGUGAGAUAAUUUCCCUUUAUCAUUUACAAAGAUGUGUGGCCACUAGUGUCACUACCCAGUAAUAACUACUUAUUCCAAAAAUGCAUCACAUGUAUAACCCAUUUUGGUGGACUGACUAAAACUGAGAAAGGAUGGGAAAUGCCGUUGAUGGUGGAGAAGUGAAAUCCUAUUUCUAGAUGGCCUCCUUGCCGACUAGUUAAAUAUUCUACUGUGUGUUGCUUUUGAAAAGCCCAACAGUGUUACUGAUGGCUUUGAACAUGGGGAUGUGAAGACACCAGUCUGUCCCAUUGAGUCUAAUUUGUUCAGAAUGUUAUGACCAUUGCCUUAUUUUCUCAUAGCACAGAUGUGUUUUGUUUGUUGUAAGGGUAUAGCAUUAUUUAAUAAUGGUUGUGGCCCAGCAUGUGGUAUGGAACACCUAUGUGUGUGUGGUGUUGAAUUUUUGUUUUUUGUUGUUUAAUGAUGUGGAAUAUAUGUCAAGGCUGUGGACCCUAACACAACCUCCAUGAGCGGUCUUGUUAUAGCAAUGACUGCUUUAUGUGCCAGGACGAUCAAGAUCUGAUUAGAAAGUUGCAUCUUUAACCUCCUUUGGUUUAGACUGUUUUCUUAGUCCAGGAUACGCAUAGUACAUAGGAUGUAACAUUACUUUGCCUGCAUCACUGCAUGAGUCUCUUCUGCCUCCACUGUUUGAUGCAGGAAUGUUUUCCUGUAUUCUUGUUUGUUUACCACUUCCAGGUGGAGAGCAGUUGUAGAAUGCUAAGUUUAGCCAUUUCCUAACUUUGCUUACUUCACUGGUCUAGAUCUUGGCCAUGCUUUCUCCCUCAUGUAGUUGAUCUUACCUUCUUUCUGUUCAGCAGCAUUAACAUGUUGUGUUGGAUUAAGUGCUAUGAGUUUGGAGGCAUUUGAGGUUUGAAUUGGUGAUUUGAGUAUUAGGUGCAUUAGGCAAAAGAUCAGAAUCUACAUCUCUAUUUAUCUAAUAAUGACUGAAUGUGCGUACUUGUCGUAAUCUUCUGUUCUGUAGUGAGUUGAUGGGAUGGAACUGACAGUUAUCUUUGCUGGGCUUUUCUUAGUAAACAUUCUGCAAAAUAAAAUGAACAUAAACCAA